AUUAUAUCUAUAACUAAUUAGACGAAAAGACUAUUUGAUAUAUUUUAAGGACAUUUACUAUCAGACAUCAUGAGUGUUAAGGUCCAACGUCAACAGGUAUGCAGUAACUGUAAGCAUGCAAAUUUGAUUGUUGAUAGGUAUACUGCUGCAGGAGAUAUCUCAUGUUCAAGAUGUGGAACAGUUCAAGUUGAAAAUCCAAUUGUUAGUGAAGUUCAAUUCGGUGAAUCUUCGUCAGGGGCAGCUAUGGUUCAAGGGGCUAUGGUUGGUCAUGAUCAAGCUAGAGCUUCAUAUGGUGGUAAUAGACAAAAUGCGAUGGAAAGUAGAGAACAAACCAUCUUGAAUGGUAAGAGAAAAAUAAGAAGAAUAGCGGCAGCUUUAAAGAUUCCUGAUUAUAUAGCAGAAUCAGCUGGUGCUUGGUUUAAAUUAGCUUUAACUCAAAAUUUCGUUCAAGGUAGAAGAUCACAAAAUGUUUUGGCAGCUUGUUUAUACGUGGCCUGUAGAAAAGAAAAGACCCAUCAUAUGUUAAUUGAUUUUAGUUCAAGAUUACAAAUAUCAGUAUAUUCAUUGGGAGCUACAUUCCUUAAAAUGGUUAAAGCUUUAAAUAUCACACAAUUACCCAUUUCUGAUCCAUCUUUAUUUAUUCAACAUUUUGCUGAAAAAUUAGAUUUUAAAGAUCAAUUAACUAAAGUGGUUAAAGAUGCGGUUAAAUUAUCUCAUAGAAUGUCUGAUGAUUGGAUAAGGGAAGGUAGAAGACCAGCUGGUAUAGCAGGUGCUUGUGUAUUAUUAGCUGCUAGAAUGAAUAAUUUCAGAAGAUCUCAUGCUGAAAUUGUAGCGGUCUCUCAUGUUGGACAAGAAACAUUACAAAGAAGAUUAAAUGAAUUUAAAAAGACUAAAUCAGGUGAUUUAACGGUACAAGAUUUUAGAGAAACUGAAAUAACUGAACAAGCUAAUCCUCCAUCAUUUGAUAAGAAUAGAAGAAAUGAACAUAAAUUGAUUCAACAAGUUAAAGAAAAGGAAGCUAGAUUGGAAAGAUUACAAAAAUUUGCCCAAGAAAAUAAAUUAAGAGCCAGUGAUGAAGAAUUAAAAACCAUGUUGGAAGAGAAUCCUGCACCAAUCCCAGAUAUUAAACCAGAUGAAGAUGGAACUAAUACUUUAUCAGCUAAAGAAUUACAAAGUGAAAUCAAAUCAGUUAAUAGAGCUAAAUUACUGAGAGAUAAUCUUCAUAUUAAAGAAGAAGGUGAUAAAGAUAUGUUGUUAAGAACUAUCUUAAGAGAUUAUGAAGUUUCAGAAGAUAUUAUAGCUCAAGAAUUGGAAAGAAUUUUAAAUAGAAAGAAGGAUCAAUUAAAAGGAUCAGUAUAUCAAAACCCAUCUGAAUUGACUGAUCCAAAAGAUAAAGAAAAAUCAAAAGUUGAUGUGGAUAAACCAAGAAAUUUACAUAAAUUACCCACUACAUCUGAUGUGUUAUCUAAAGUUAGUUCAAGUGUUGAAUUAACGGAAGAUGAUGAUGAUGAAAUAGUUCUCGAAAGUGAAUUGACUGAUAAAGAAAAAGCCAUGAAGGAAAGAAUAUGGACAGGUUUGAAUCAUGAUUUUAUUAUUGAACAAGAGAGAAAGAGAUUGAAAGAAGAAGCUGAUGAAUUAACUGGUAAUACAUCUGGUGCCAAUCGUAAGAAGAAACAAAAGACCAAUGCUGCCCCAGUUCUUAAUGAUUUAGGUGUCAGUAGUGCUUUGGCUAGUAUUGAAGUAGAUGAAAAGACAGGUGAACCUUUAACUGCUGCUGAUAGUGCUAAAUUGAUGUUAUCAAAGAAAUCGUUCUCCAAAAAGAUCAAUUAUGCUACUCUUGGGGAAUUGUUUCCUCGUUCUGGUAUAUAAGUUCAAUCACUUAUAUACAUUUAUGCUAUUCAUGGGUCCAGGUUAGGAGUUAAUACAGGUAGGAUGUUGACAUUAGACUAUUUUUAUUGGAUAUAUAUAACUUUAUUUUAUAAUAUACAAGUGUUAAACGUUACGAUUGUGUUUUUUUUGCAGU